UACAGACACAGAAGACUCAUACAGGAGAUAAGCAGCGUCUCAUUUACCGAUUGUGGAUUUAGCGUUUAUUCAACCAGAUACAUCAUCCCUUCAAGAACAUCGUGAAGCAGUUUUUCCAGUCAGAGCUCUUCGGGACACACCAGCUGAGCUGCUGGGAUGACGGACGUUAAAGGAAACAACUCGAGUGUAGCACGAAGCUCCCACAGGAAAAGGGUCCAGCACAAGAGACCGGACUCCCCUGAACUCAGCUCUGUGUCAUUGAAGAGUAAUCGAUCUAUGCAUCAUCCUAUUGCUUUCAAAGACGGACCCACUCUACUGAAAAGGGGAAGGAUUUCAGGCUGAUUUGUCAUGUGCUGAAAGGAUUUGCUUCUCAGAGCUCAGGUGACAUCACGGUCUAGUCUGGUUAUGCUGGUUUUUGCACAUUCAUUUGCACAUUCCUGGCAUCCUGAAGUGACGGCGUCCUCUCUUACCUGAACCCUUUCACCUGCUGAGAAUGUUUGUGUUGGUCCAUUCUGCCAAACCAAAUGACAAAAAAAGAACCAAAAGUUUCAGGUGUGGUUAAACUUGUAAUAACUGUUGUUGCCACUUGGGGGAGGCAGAAACAAGUUGUAAACACAACACUGACCUGAGAGAACAGUUGGUUAUUUAUACAAUCAGCAGAUAUGAAGUACUAGAAUUCAUUCAGAGCUGUGUUUCUGUUCUUCAGAUGAAUCUAAGUCUAAUAUUUACUCUCAUUUAAAUUUAUUAUGUCUUCACCCGCUCCUGAGAAAAACAUCUGGCUCUUCAGUGGCUGAUGUUCCUCUUCUUCACCAGCUGGUCUCUGACUGUGUCUGUCUGCUGUGUUGAAUCGAUAGUGUAAAGUGGCUUCAUCAGACCUAGCGUGCUAACAAAAGCUGCUGGAAGCACCGAAACAAUCAGCUGAAAGAUGCUCAAAGGCUCGGUAGAUCUGAGACGAACUGCAGAAUCUGAUGAUCAUUUUCAAUGAGUUUGUCAUGAUGAUCCAUUGCAAGACAUCAUGUGACCCAUUGUUAACAUGAAAAUAUUGAUUCUAGCUGCUUUAAGGUUAUGGCAAAUGAACUUUACUGUAAAGGUAUGAUGCCUGUUGGGUAACUGAGAGUGUCAAUCGACAGGAUGCAAACUCUGGUCUUCUCCAUUAAAGUUGGAUGUGUUUUUCAGCGCUCCACCACCACGACCUCCACACCCUGACUUUCUGGCUUGCUCCAUGAGAUUGUGCAUGUUCAUUCUGUCUCUCUCAGGAUCCAUCAGGAGAGACCAAAAUCCUGUGAACCCAGCUUUGUGUUCAUGAACUGUGACCAGUCACAGUCUGAACCUCUCACAUUCAAAGAUGGACGCCCUCCUUCUGGACAGAGGAACCUUCAGGACAAGAAGCAUCAACCAGACCUGGACUCCAUAUUUAGUGUAUGUGAAUGAAAACACACCUUUCCUAAAACCAAAGGAAAACAGCCGGUCUGCUCCGAGCCUUCAUGCAGCACUGUUUAAUGAGUGGCAUUACUUGGAUGUUGCAUUUUUGUCUUUGAAGUCAGUGUUUAAUUUGUAUACCUUCCCCUUCCAGUUGCUUGAGGAGAGCAUUGUCACCUUUGUGAGGAAGGAGCUGAAGAUGAUUCAGAGGGCUUUGAGUCCAGAUUACCCAGAAUGCUUCGAGGUUAAUAGGGAGGAUGAGGAGGUGGGAGAAAGUAAGGCCGAAAAGCAGAAGAGGAACAGCAGAGCGGCGUUUCUGAAGAUCGCGCUGCACUUCAUGAGGGGCAUGAAGCAGGAGGAGCUGGCCGAUUCUCUGCAGAGCAAAAUUCAAGCCGUCAUCUGCCAGCGAAAACUCAAGUCUAAUCUGAAGAAGAAGUUUCAGUGUGCGUUUGAGGCGAUCGCUAAAGCGGGAAACCCGGCCCCUCUGAACCAGAUCUACACAGAGCUCUCCAUCACAGAGGGGGGGACUGCAGAGGCCAGCGAUGAACAUGAGUUCAGACAGAUUGAAACAGCAUCCAGGAAAACAGCCACACCAGAAGAAACAAUCAGAUGUGAAGACAUCUUUAAACCCUCACCUGGAAGAAGUCAACCAAUCAGAACAGUGAUGACCAAGGGAGUGGCCGGCAUUGGGAAAACAGUCUUAACACAGAAGUUCACUCUGGACUGGGCUGAAGACAAAGCUAACCAGGACGUACAUUUCACGUUUCCCUUCACUUUCCGAGAGCUGAAUGUGCUGAAGGGGAAGAAGUAUAGCUUGAUGAAACUUCUUCAUCACUUCUUCACUGAAACCAAGGAAGUAGGAGCCUACAGCUAUGACAAGCCCCAGGUUGUGUUCAUCUUUGACGGUCUGGAUGAGUGUCGGCUUCCUCUGGACUUCCACCACAACAAAACCCUGACUGAUGUCACAAAGUCAACUUCACUGGAUGUGCUGCUGACAAACCUCAUCGGGGGGAAACUGCUUCCCUCUGCUCGCAUCUGGAUAACCACACGACCUGCGGCAGCCAAUCAGAUCCCUCCUGAGUGUGUCGACAUGGUGACAGAGGUCAGAGGGUUCACUGACCGACAGAAGGAAGAGUACUUCAAGAAGAGAUUCAAAGAUGUGGAGCAGGCCAGCAGAAUCAUGUCCCAUAUGGAGACAACACGAAGCCUCCAGAUCAUGUGCCACAUCCCGGUCUUCUGCUGGAUCACUGCGACAGUUCUGGAUGAUCUGUUGAAGACCAGAGAGGGAGGAGAGCUGCCCAAGACCCUGACUGAGAUGUACAUCAACUUCCUGUCGGUUCAGUCCAAACUGAAGACUGUCAAGUAUGAUGGAAGAGCUGAGACGGAUCCACAGUGGACUCCAGAGACCAUGGAGAUGAUCGUGUCUCUGGGGAAACUGGCUUUUGAACAGCUACUGAAAGGAAACCUGAUCUUCUAUGAAUCCGACCUGGCAGAGUGUGGCAUCGAUAUCAGAGCGGCCUCAGUGUACUCACGAGUGUUCACACAGAUCUUUAAAGAGGAGAGGGGACUGUACCAGGACAAGGUGUUCUGCUUCGUCCACCUGAGUGUGCAGGAGUUUCUGGCUGCUCUUCAUGUCCAUCUGACUUUCGUCAACUAUGGUGUCGAUCUGUUUUCUCAGGUGCAAUCAAAGUCCAAGUGGUCUGAACUAUUCAUGGAUAGAUGCACAAACCUCUACCAGAAUGCUGUGGACAAGGCCUUGCAGAGUCCAAAUGGACACUUGGACCUCUUCCUCCGCUUCCUGCUGGGUCUCUCACUAGAAACCAAUCAGGUUCUUCUACAAGGUCUGCCAAAACAUAAAGGAAGCAACUCGCACGCCAACCAGAAAACAGUCCAGUACAUCAAGAAGAUGAUGAGGAAGAAUCUCUCUCCACAGAGAAGCAUCAAUCUGUUCCACUGCCUGAAUGAGCUGAAGGACCAUUCUUUGCUGGAGGAGAUCCAACCGUACCUGGCUUCAGGCCGUCGCCUCACAGACAAUCUCUCUCCUGCUCAUUGGUCAGCUCUGGUCUUCAUCCUACUGUCAUCAGAAAAAGAUCUGGGUGUGUUUGACCUGAAGAAAUAUUCUCCUUCAGAGGAGGGCUUUCUAAGACUGCUGCCAGUGGUCAGAUCCUCCCACAAAUCUCUGCUGAGUGGCUGUAACCUGUCAGAGAGAAGCUGUGCCGUCCUGGGAACAGUUUUCAGCUCCCAGUCCUGCAGUUUGACGGAGCUAGACCUGAGUAACAAUGACCUGCAGGAUUCAGGAGUGAUGUUGCUCUGCCCUGGACUGGAGAGUUCAAACUGUAGACUGGAAGCCCUAAGGUUGAAUCAAAGCAGCCUCACAGAGAAAUGCUGUCAGAAGCUGUCAUCAGUCCUCAGCUCAGAGUUCUCUAGUCUGAGAAAACUGUACCUGAAUUACAACAACCUGCAGGAUUCAGGAGUGAAGCUGCUGUCUGCUGGACUGGGCAGUCCACUCUGUAAACUGGAAAGUCUCGGGCUGAUUGACUGCAAUCUGUCAGAGAGAAGCUGUGGAUUUCUGGCUUCAGUUCUCAGCUCUGGGUCCUCCAGUCUGAGAGAGCUGGACCUGAGUAUCAACCAUCUGGGGGAUUCAGGAGUGAGGCUAAUCUCUCCUGGACUUCAGAGUCCACACUGUAAACUGGAAACUCUCAGGCUGAGUUGCUGUGGUUUGUCAGAGAAAAGCUGUGGAGCUCUGGCUUCAGUCCUCAGAUCUAAAUCCUCUCGGCUGAGAGUGCUGGAUCCAAGUAACAACGACCUGCAAGAUUCAGGAGUCAUGCAGCUCUGUGCUGAGCUGGGACGUCCUCACUGUCGGCUGAAAACUCUCAGUCUCUCGGGCUGUCAGGUUACAGAAGUCGGCUGUGCUUCUCUUGCUUCGGCUCUGAGCACCAACCCCUUCUACCUCAGAGAGCUGGACCUGAGCUACAACCAUCUGGGAGACUCAGGAGUGAUGCUGCUGUCUGCUGGACUGGAGGACCAACUCUGCAGACUGAAGACUCUCAGGGUGGACAACGGAGGAGCCCACAGGCUGAAACCACAUUUGAGGAAGUAUGCCUGUUAUCUCACACUGGACCCAAAUACGGCCCAUAUCAACCUCGUUCUGUCUGAAGACAACAGGAAGGUGCUGGGGGCGAGAUUCUCAGCGCAGCAGCAACAGUUCUGGAGUCACGUGCUGUGUCGAAACGCCCUGACCGGUCGCUGCUACUGGGAGGUCGAGUGGAGACAGUUGGUGUCUAUGGGGGUAACUUACAAAGGAAUGAAAAGAAAUGCGAAGGAUGUCGCCUACUGGCUUGGCGGGAGUGACAAGUCCUGGAUGCUGGUCUGCUCUGAAUGCAAAUACUCCGUCUGGCACAACAACAGAGGAGCAGAGAUAGAAGUUUCUCCGGCUGUCUCUCACAGAGUCGGAGUGUACGUGGACUGGCCUGCUGGCAUCCUGUCCUUCUACGCAGUGUCCUCUGACACACUGAUCCACCUCCACACCUUCCACUGCUCAUUCACCGAGCCCGUCUACCCGGCCUUCAGGCUCUGGUUCACAGCUGAGGUGUUUGGGUGCUCGGCAUCUUUGUGUGAGCUGUAGGAAAGAGAGUUAGCUCUGGUGCUAGCCAACAGCUGCUAGCACGCUUUUUCAAUCUGUGCACAGCAUGAACGUCCGAUGGAAAAUAUGUCAGGAUAUUUUUUUCCUUGGCAUUUAUUUUUCGUUUAUCGCUAUGGUAACGCUGGGUGCUCCGGAUAGACCAUCUGCUUCCAGCCGGUCUCAUAGUCUGACCGAUCACAAAAUGACUUGACUAAAGUUCCUCCAAACUGGAGUUGUUCAUCAGAGGAAAAUAUAAUUUUCCUGUGCUGUUCAUUUUGCUUUGCAGCACAUCGUCCUCAUGUCGCUGUGGAAAGACAGCGGACAUCUCAGGUGUAAACUGUCACGUGAAGGCGAGCAGCUGGAUAAUAAUUCGAUCAUGCUGCAGGAGUGAUCUGAGACUUGUUGUCCUCCGUUAAUGAGAAAAUUCUCUUCACUCACAUUUCAAACCCAUACACACUAUUUGGAUUUUAUUUGUUAGAAGCAUCACAUAUUUUACAUACCAUUGUUGAUGUUGCAGGUUUGCUUUUUGCAAUAUUCACCAAAGCUGGUGAUGGAAGCAUGGCUGGGCGGUCAAAGUGGUCAUUUUGUCACCACCUGCUUUGUGAGAUGUUGGUUUUGUGAUGCUCUAGUCAUGCUCUCAGGGCGAAGGCUCUGCUAUUAAAGUGCUGUCUGUGCAACCACACUGUGUAAUGAUGGACUUCUCUCUUUAUGCUGCAUGACAACGAGGCUGACUUAACGACACACCAUCCCUACAGCCACAUCUCAUCGAAGUGAGAAAUCACAGUGUGCAUUUUUUUUCUUUUGUACAAAUAAUAAACUUUAUUUACAAGAUCCUUCA